AUGCCUCUUAUCGACCACAUUGCCAAGCACCAGGAACAGUGGAGCACCUGUAAUCUCAAACUAAACGAGACCGAGGCGAAAUUGGCCAAAAUAGAGGAACAGCUGACUGCGGUAAAAAUAAAGUCAGAAAAACAACUGCAGGCUCUACAGGUGAAGAUGGAGAGCCAACAAAGUGCCGUGAUGGAAAGCCUUUCUCAAAUCAAUAGGAAAAUCACAUUAAUUAAAUUCGACAGGGUUGGACAAAGGUUCUUUUACAUCGAGCACAACCUUAAACAAAAUUGGACCAGUUCUUCAAACACCUGCAAACUGAUGGGAGGAAAUCUAGCAUCCAUUAAAAAUGAAGAGGAGUUCAACGCCAUCACUUCGAAACUCAAUAAGGACACUAGUUAUAAAGUGGGCAUAAACGACCUGGCCGAAAAGGGCGUUUUUAUAUCUGUGUCCUCUGGAAAAAAAGCUCCUUUCUUGAAAUGGAAAACGGGUGAACCCAAAUACGAUCACGUAGACCAGCGCUGCGUUUCUGUGCAUAAUGGUGCCAUGUGGGUGGACGGUUGUAGUGCCGCUCACAAUUUCAUUUGCGAGGCAGCAGAUUAA